AUGACAAUCAGAAAUUUUGACGAAGAAAAAGCGGAGGUGGCUUCUGUCCACGUGACCGAUGAAGAGCGUGGACGAGAGAAGAGCGGGAGCCUCGUUAACGCAAAUCCAGGUUCCGAAACGGCUGACCCAUUACUCGUCACAUGGGCCUCCCCAACCGACCCCUCAAACCCCCUGAACUGGUCUCGCCCCCGCAAAUGGAGCAUCCUCCUGAUCACAUCUAUAGGCGGCCUCGUUACUCUCAUGUCCGGCGCUAUGCUCGCGCCCGCCCUCAAGUCAAUCGGCGCAGAUCUCCACAUGAUGGGCGCCGAGACUGAGCUCGCACUGUCCAUCUACGUUCUCGCCUUCGCACCCGGCCCGCUUCUGCUAGGUCCCUGCUCCGAGGUAUUUGGUCGGCGCUGGGUGUGGGUGCUCUCUGGAUCGUGGUAUGUGCUGUGGAAUACGGUCUGUGGGUUCGCGAACACCAAGGGGUUGAUGAUUGCGGCGAGGUUUCUGGCGGGGUUGGGGGCGAGUGCUGAGUUUGUGCUAUCCACCCCCAUCUCAAGCGACUGUUUCCGCCCAGAAGAGCGCGGAAAGUCAAUGGCCAUAAAGCAAUUCAUUCCCCUCCUCGGCCCUGCCCUCGGUCCCAUAAUCGGCGGGGUGAUCACCGACUCCCUCAACUGGCGCUGGAUUUUCUGGGUCCUCUCGAUCUUCGAUCUCGUCGUCGUCCUCGCCGUCUUUUUCUUCUUCCCAGAGACCCACCACCCUACCAUCCUCGCCCGAAAAGCAGCCGCCCUCCGCAAAACGACUGGACUGAAGUACUAUUCCGCCACCGAAAUCGGCAGUCCAACCUUGACGGAUCGCUUGAGAGUAGGCCUCUCCCGACCGUUCCGCCUGCUACUAACCCAGCCCAUCAUUCAAUUCAUGUCGGUCUUCCUCUCCUACAACUUCGGCCUCCUCUACAUCCUGCUCUCCACCUUCGCGACACUGUGGAUUGAGCACUACCACCAAUCCGUCGGCACCAGCGGCCUCCACUACAUCGCCAUCGUAAUCGGCUACAGCCUCGCCGUGGUGGUGGGCGGACCCACCACAGACCGCCUCUGGGCGUUCCUCAAGAAGAAGAACGCCGGCGCCACCGCCCCCGAGUACCGCGUCCCCCUCAUGAUCCCCGGCGUCUUGCUCAUCCCCAUCGGGCUGUUCUGGUACGGCUGGGCCGCCGAAAGCCACCUACACUGGGCGAUGGUGGAUGUCGGCGUUGGGAUCCUGGGAUGCGGCUUCAUUCUUAGCACUGUCGCUGCCCAGUCGUAUAUCGUGGAGGCGUUUCUGGAGUACAAUGCUUCGGCGGCGGCGGCGAGCCAGGUGCUGCGGAAUUUCUUCGCGUUUGCGUUUCCGAUUUUCUCGCCGAGGAUGUAUGCUGUGUUGGGCUAUGGGUGGGGGAAUAGUCUGCUUGCGUUUGUGUUUUUGGCGAUUGGGGUGCCGGCGCCGCUGGUACUUUGGAAGUAUGGGGCUAGGUUGAGGGAGAGGGGGAAGCCGCAGCGAUGA